AUGCUCCGAAGAGUCGUCGCUUUUAAAACUCUUUUUGGCUGCCCGUGUGCUUCUAUUGGUACUACUUUCUGUGUUGCCAACCAAACUCAGCCUUUUUCCUCCAACUAUAAUGAUUCCAAUCGUCACAAAACUCAAUCCUAUUAUUCGAACCGUAGUGGAGCGCAACAUCAGCAUGCUGUUAAAUCCUCUUCAGGGUCCAUGGCACGGACGCUGACUUAUAAAGAAGGUAAGGAAUUUAAGGAGGCGGCAUCAACUACUCACCGCAAGAGCUACGAUACGAAUUCUGGAGAAGGAGAAUGUGAGAGGAAUGACCAAACGGAUAACUAUGAAAAAAUGAUUCAAUUUCGCAACGUUAAGAAUCAGCACAAGGACUUCAUCAGGCCUAAGUCCCAGCGUCCUUCGUUUAAAAAUACCAUGGCACAGAGCAACGCGAAGACUAUAAUUCAAGCCCCAAUGAACGAAUUGGAAGGGGGUAACAGACCGCUUCAAGAGGGCCACGUUAGCCUUGAUGAUGGGGAAACUGAUGUCACAAAGAUCUACAGCAACGACGAAGUACACCAUCUUGUCGAGGGCUCUGAUACAAAAAAGGGGGCGCUUCGUGUUUCCACGAACAAAAUUGACGAUGAUAUCCUCAACCUACUCGAGACUCCAGAAGAGAGAGCUGGGAUUGCUCUUAGCGAGCGAACUUUUGAAACGCAUGGUGAUGCUAUCGUCGCUAACAAAUCGAGAAGCGAGGAUAAGCUCACUGUUUGCUCACAAGACGCAGAAUGUAUAGACACUGAAGAUGAGACCGACAGCUUUGCGUCUCUUCGUCAGCAGCCCUUCUUCUCUGAGCUUCUUCGUUGUGUCGAAAAGAAUAUGAUGCGAUACCGAAAAGAAAUUCGUCAGACUAAUCGCUACAGUCGAGAGUUGAUCAAUGACUGCGUGCGUCCGCUGUUACAGCUUACAGACUUUCCUUUUACAGCCCAUAAACUCACUGAACUUACUAACUGCAUCAAUCCCAUUAUCUUGAGGAGAUCCCUGGCUGAUUAUUCGGCUUGCAAGCGUUUGCAUAUCUACCGCUCCGAAGACACGGAACUUCUGCUAGACUGGUCUAUCGAAGACUUCCUUCGAAGGCGCUACGAAAGUAUCCACCUUUCGUGGGAGCGCGUGGAUGUUGUGUACCGUCGCUUUGGUUGGAACUCGGAAAUGAUUUCUGAUCGUGAUUGUUUGUUGUACUUUGCUGAGUUCUCCGAGUUCGUGGAAUUGGCAGAGCUGGAGAUGACAGUGAACGGAAAGCCCAGGGCAAUCUUGAUCCUCGACCCCGUCGCACAGGCUGAAAAGAGGCCGAUUCCUUCUUCUAAACUGCUGAUUCGUCGCCGCCCAAGCGCUGAUGUGGAGCCUUCCGUUACGGAGUCCGUACGCCUCAUGGGAGUCCCUGCCAUGGCUAAUAAGACGGUCCAAGACUACAAAGGAUACCGUCAGUAUCCACACAACCGCGAAUCCGUUUCCGGCAUGUUUGAAGCGGUGGAAAAGGCGGCGGAAGAGGUGGAGGGCGAUGAGGCUACGAAGUUCUCUCAUGCCAUCGACUCGGUUCCCCACUUAAAACAAGCAAUUCAACCGAUUGGCCGCGUGGUAAGAGAGUUUUCCAUUGGCAAGGUUGUCAGCACUGAUAAAACGCAACAACAGAGCGUGAUUCGCCAUCAGGAGGGGCCUACCGAUGGCGUGGAUGAUGAGCAGGCGAGUGACCAGCGCGGCAGCAGCCUAAAUGCUUCCCCGGAUACCUAUGACUCCGAGUUGCACGAGUCCCUGUCGAACGCGUAUCACAAGAAUAAGGUAGAGGUUACAAUGCUACGUCGCCGCCUCCUCAAUACCAGCAAUCCAGACGAGGUUGCUGAGAUUCAGGCGAGACUUAUGAAUUCACGCAAGGAGCUCAACCGUCUCAUAGACCAGCUGCGCCACAUGAGGCAGCUUAAGCAAGCCUUGAAGCAGGAGCAGGAUAACAAUAAGAUGAACGAGAAUGUUGCCAGUAAGGAUGGCAGUACUGGUUUAUCAGCUUCCAGUGGUCAACCAAACUUUCCGGAGGCACCGGAGCAUGACUUCUCAAAAAACGCGUCCGCCGCUGAAGACAUAGAGGAUGAUGAUGAUAUCGAUAUUUCGAAAGAGUUAAAAGAAUUUGAGGCUGAGGUAUCGGCAUCAGUGAUGAAUGCCACUACUACUAUUCCAAAGGGCGAAGGAAAUAAAUCAGCUGAAGCAAGUGCAGAGCAUAAAAACUGGAAUAGGAGGGCUGUUACCACCAUAGAAGAAGGGGAUAAUGAUCAGGAAAGUAGGGAUUUGCAGGAUUCUACUGAGAAUGACAUAUCAAAUACGGUGGGAAGUGAAGAGGAGACCGAAAACCACUGGUGUAGUGCGCAUGAGAUGUCUGCAGAGGCUGAAGAAGAAGCCUCGUGUGAGGCUUCGCAUAAGCCACCAACCUCCUUACCAUCAUCCUUUACGCAUAGCGAAAGUAAAGUGAAUUAUAAUCAAAUGAGCGCCACUUCGCAUAGCGAGGAGUUAUUACAACUCUGCGAAGAGGUGUCUUCAGCGGCAAAUAACGCACGCGAGGAGCUGAAGGAGAUCUUGCGUCAGAAAAGCUUGCAAGAGGCUGCUAUGGCCAGACAAGUGCAAGCGGCAACAAAUAAAGUGAGCACACUUGAGGAAAGGCUGAGUGAACUACGGAGCAGUUACCAGAAGGCAUGUGAAACAGAAGCUCAAGAAGCUGCUGCGGCUAAGGCUAAAGCCGCCGAAGAAGAACUUCGCCGUCAGCGUGAGAUACGUCAGGCUGAGCUUGCACGGCAACGGGAACAGGCUCGCCUUGCGCAGCUGGAGGCGCAAAAGGCUCUUGAUCAACAAAAGGCGGCUGAGGAGGCGGUAUUGGCUGCUGAGCGGCAGCUGCAGGAAGUGCGAGCUCGAUUUGGCCUAACAAAACAAGGCACUGACGUCAGUGAGAAUGCCCAGGAAGCUGAGGCCUUUACAAGUGGCCCCACAGACGUAGAAAAGAGUAUACAGCCUCCUAAUGUGUCUGGAAUCUCCAUGACACGUGCAACAACUGCGUCGGAGCCGUCCUCAAACACUAAAGAAGCGGACAUAUCGGUGCCGGCUUCGGGUUCCGGUUCCUUUUUUAUGUGCACGCCAGAGCAGUAUGAUGGCAUGCAGCUCGCUGCGGCUCGUCUUCGUAUUGAAGUUGCCAGCUUGGAGAAACAAAUGGAACAGGAAGGUGAGGAGGAUGACGAAACGCUCAUGACUGUUUUAGCAGCCUCGCGUGCUGAUCUCGAGGAACUCGAUUCCUGCAUCUCUUCCGUCCAGAUGCACGCUUCGUGGGCCGCUGAGCGGGAUGCGAAGCGUGAACGGGAGAUCCGUGCAAAAGACGCCGAUAGCACCAUGGAAUCGCGAGAAAUUCAGAAUAAGAUUGCGCAGAAGCGUUUCGAGAUCAGCCUUUUUGAGCGGCGUCUGCACCACGCCACGGAGCGCUCUGUGAUCAACAAACUAGAGCAGGGCAUUAUCGAGGCGCGUCGCCAAAUUAGCCGCCUACGGAUGGAGCAGGAUCGUCUCCGGCGGAAUGGCGAGAAUGAGUUCGGCCUUCCGCCCUCCAUCAGCAUAGCCAGGGCUCUAGAAGAUGAGGUCAAGGGUGAUGCUGAAGGGGUAGAGGAAGGUGGCGACCUCAGCGCGUCGGAAUGCCCCGAAGCUUCGUCCGGCGGUGCCUCAGACAACGGGAAGGAUGCCGCAGGCGAGCUCGACGACGAGGUGGACUCUGCCGUUCAGGAGACUUCAGCGGCUCAGGGCAUAGAUGACGAGGCGGAGUCCGAUCUCGAUCCCGUCGCGGCGUUUGAUUCGCAAAACUUUGAGCACGAGGUGAAGGAUCGACCAACAGCCAAGGCGCCCGCCGAGGAGCGACCGAAACCGGCCACGACCUGGGGUAACCCUCUUAUAGAUGCCGAUCCUGAGACGCAGAGACUGCACUUGCGUCUUGAAAGCAUGCUGCGCGAUAUUCAGCAUCUGCAAGAUAAUAUUUCCCAUCAAGAAAGUUCUAGCUCCUACGAUGAGGAUGAAGCAGAGGCUGUGCUGCUGGAGAUGCGAAGGAAACUUAGUGAAUUGCUUCGCUUACGUGAUGAUGUGCAGAGGAGGCUUGUAGAGGCGACUUCCGGUGGCAAGGGUAGGCAAGAUUCCCACAGUAACUCUGCUACCAGGGAUGCCCCCCAUACUCCUCCCGAACCGCCACUUGUAGCCUCCCGUAUGACUUCCUCAAUAGUGUCCUCUGGGUUCAAAACGCCCUCAAUCCCGAUACCGCACCUUCAAAGUGAAAGAAUCCGCAUCGCGUCUGCCACAAAGAAGCUGCAGCGUUCUACGCUCAAGGGGAAAGGAAGGAAGCAUUAG